GUGCAACAGACCCCCUACGGUAACUUGUCAAUGCCGGAAUGGGAACCAGAGCUCCAGAGAGCGGCGAUCGCAGACUCCAUGGGGACUCACCCAGUUUGGAUGAGCAGCCUCCUGUCUGCGGAGGAGAGCCUCGCGGUUCGCACAUGUCCCGAGACGGAGAUGGCUGUCUCGGAAACGGUGGCGGCGUUGAGGAGAGCGACGGGGAUGGGGAGGGGGACGACGACGAUGACGGUGACCACGGUGAAGUAACCCCAGCAUCAGUCGAUGCGGGAACCGCUCAGAAGAAGCGCAAACGGCGCAACAAGAAGAAGUCGAAGAAAACCAAGGCAAACCUGCUCGCUCAGCAAUCGUCGCCGCCCAGAGUCCCCUUGACCACCCUCUUCCCGUGUGGCAGCUACCCUCAGGGCGAAGUGCAGAGCUACCAGGAUACGGCGCGGAUAUCAGCCGCUGAAACUCGAUACAACAGCCGGCGCCACUGGGAAGAUGAAACCUUCCUCAACAACUAUCGCAAGGCUGCCGAAGUGCACCGUCAGACCAGACGAUGGGUCCAGGAAACCGCCAGGCCCGGCCAGAGUCUCCAGGACAUUGCUCAGGGUAUUGAAGACAGUGUCAGAGCGCUGCUGGACAAUGCCGGCCUGGAACCCGGAGACGGUCUCAAGUCCGGCAUGGGGUUCCCCACCGGUCUCUGUCUCAACCACCAGGUCGCCCACUACACGCCGAACCCCGGCCAGAAGACGGUCGUGCUAGAGCAGCAGGACGUCUUGACCGUCGACUUUGGUGUCCACGUCAACGGCUGGAUUCUCGACAGCGCCUUCACCAUGGCCUUCGACCCCACCUACGAUAACCUCUUGGCCGCGGUAAAGGAUGCUACCAACACUGGUGUCAAGACUGCCGGUAUCGACGUGCGCAUCAGCGAUGUUAGCGCUGCCAUCCAGGAAGUCAUGGAGAGCUAUGAGGUUGAAAUUCGGGGCAAGACGUACCGCGUCAAGCCCGUCCGGAACCUCAGCGGCCAUAACAUCAAGCAGUACCGCAUCCAUGGUGGCAAGUCCAUCCCCUUCGUCAAGACCCGCGACCAGACCAAGAUGGAAGAGGGCGAGGUAUUUGCCAUUGAGACGUUCGGGACCACCGGACGUGGCUACAUCGUGGACGAUGUUGGCGUGUAUGGUUACGGCCUCAAUCAUGAUGCGCCCCUUCGUGUGCCCGUGCCUCUCUCUUCUGCCAAAGGUCUGCACAAGACCAUCAGAGAGAACUUCGGCACGCUGGUCUUCUGUCGCCGUUAUCUCGAACGCCUUGGUGUCGAUAAGUACCUGGCUGGCAUGAACUGUUUGGUCCAACAGGGAGUUGUGGAAGAAUAUGUUCCUUUGAUGGACGUUAAGGGAUCUUACUCGGCACAGUUCGAACAUACCUUCCUCCUCCGCCAGACACACAAGGAAAUUUUGAGUCGUGGGGAUGACUACUAAUCAGGUGCGCUGGUAUGAGGUUUAGAGCUUGGUGUUGUUUUUAUGCUCUGUCACUUGGCCCCUUGGUGCUGGUUUUUUGUCCCUAUCAGGGUUGUUUUUCCAGCAACUGUGACGCGAAUGCGAAGGGGUCUCGCAUAUAACAAAAUUCGAUGCUCAGGUUUUGCUUGUCCAUUGGAACCGUCCUACCCAUGACCUUGCGUCCGCAAUUCUCGCACUUGGCUGCGAAUUGGAGAUGGGGCAUACUUUCCCAUAACGUAACACCCAUGACUCAAUCACCAUCUUGCCGGGGCCUUCAGCUUCAUGGUAUCAACCUUAGUUGCUCUGGAAUGGAAACGUCGCCCCCGCCGGACAGAUAAAAGGGGGAAAACUGGUGGUAUUGGCCAUGAAAGCAGGUACAGGGAGUGGAAAUCUAUAAACGCCAUGUGCUGGAAAAUAAGUAUC